CGGGUUUCCAUUUAGAAAACAGCAGCCAUGAAGAGCACAGCGGUGCCGGAGCCAGGCGCGGCGGACAGCGCCUUGCCGUCCGUCGAAACAGCAUCUGACAAAAGGAUCAGGCUUUUUAAACAGACUAUCAUAGUUAUGAGUGUCUGUGUGACCUUUACGGUGUUCGCUGUGUCCUCGGGAUGGAUCAACCCAGCCCUGUCUGACAUGAAUCGAGAUCAGACCAGUGUUUACGGAACCGCUAUGAUCCUUGAACCUUGGGAAGCGGAUAUGUUGGGCAGCCUGGUGGCGGUGGGCAUGAUCCCCGGGGCAUGGCUGGGGGGCUGGAUGGGUACGAGGAUCGGGCGCCGCCACUCCCUUAUGAUCCUGCAGGUGCCCGCUGUCCUGGGCUGGAUCCUCAUCGCUCUCGCUUAUAAUCCUGUGAUGAUUCAUGUGGGCAGAGUGCUACAAGGCAUCAACAGCGGGGCGUCGGGAGUAAUCGCAAACUCCUACAUAGUCGAAGUGUCAGACACAGCGUACCGGGGAACCUUCGCCUCCCUGCCCGGAAUCUUCAUCUGCUUUGGAAGCAUCUCCACUCUCGCCUUAGGCUUCGUGCUGAGGUGGUUUCAGAUCCCCUAUGUUGGGAUUGCGCUUAGUCUAGUGGCAGCGGCUCUGCUCUCGUUUCUUCCGGAGAGUCCCACUUACCUGACUCUUUCGGGAAAAGAGGAGGAAGCUCGGAAGAUCCUGGCGAGUCUUCGAGGUCCGAGCGUCGACGUGGAGAUGGAAAUGGAGACAGUCUGCAAAAUGAACGAAAACAAGAUUAAGGGAUCAUUCAGAAGUAUGCUUCAUCCUAGAGUGUGGCGUUCUAUCGUCGUGAUUUGUAUAUUAAUGUUCUUCCAGAGUUUUUGUGGAUUUGUCGUCGUCGUGACAUUCACCACGAGAAUAUUCAUAGAAUCGGGAGCUGCCGUCGACGAUAAGGUUGCAGCGCUUUUAGUGAUCGUCGUAAUGAUGGCGGGUUUUAUCAUCUCAACGAUCACCAUCGACAAAUUCGGCCGAAAGAGUCUCCUUGUGAUUUCGACGUGUCUCAUUGCACUCUUUUCUUUCUUGAUGGGGACCUACUCUUACCUGGAAAAUGACAGAAGCAUGGAGGUGUCAGUCUCGCUCUUGGACUCAAACACCACAACCGUCGAGAACAUCGGGUUUGUGAAUUACACCGUAGAUGGUCACUUAAUUACCAACCCGCCAGCGAGCGACAACGACUGGUGGUGGGUGCCUGUGGUUUGCAUGAUGGGAAUUACUGUGAGCGGCUCCCUGGGCAUUAGCCCCGUCGCCUGGAUUCUUUCGGCUGAAUACUUCCCUACGUCUGUUAGGACAAAGUGCAUGGCGAUCACCUCGACCAUGGUGAGCGUGUGGAGCUUCGCCGCGCUGCAGCUCUACUCGCCGCUCCUUCGCUCACUCACCGCCGCCGGUCUCUUCUGGUUCUACGGCGGAAUGUCCGUCAUCGCCGCCGUCUUCUGCCUGACCUGCGUCGCAGAGACCAAGAAUAAGGCCAUUGGCUGAUGAAAUCCUUAUCUUAUAUAUGUAU